CAUCAUUUGUGUUGAAGUAAUCAAAGUGAAAGCAUUUAACGCUAUCCGAAUCAACAAGUUAUAAACCGAAAAAAAAAUCACAGUCUUGCCAAGUUAACAGUCGCGAGAAAAGAAGAGAAAAAAAAUUACCAAACACCAGAAAAAUGGCAUUGUACUUGUACAACUCACGUUAUCCAACUCGUCGCCAAUUCGGUUUUCACCCAGAAGAUUUGAUGGUGCCAUACGAACGAACCUGGGACGCAGUCUCAUCGUCAUUCCGACCAUUUUUCGAUGAAUUCCGCAAUUUUGAUGUGAACGACGUCGUCGAAAAAUCAUCGAAAUCAUUCGUCGGCAAAGAUGGUUUCCAAGUGUCGUUGGAUGUUCAAUAUUUCCAACCGAACGAAAUCAAUGUGCGCACCGAAAACAACCAAGUCGUUGUCAAUGCAAAACACGAGGAGAAACGCGAUGACCAUGGCUACAUUUCACGUGAAUUCACCCGUCGCUACGUUUUGCCCGAGGGAUUCAAAUCGGAAGAUGUUACAUCGACAUUGUCAUCGGAUGGCGUUUUGACGGUCAAAGCACCACGUCGUGAUCCAGCGGUCGAAGGCAAUGUUCGUCUGGUGCAAAUCCAGCAAACGGGACCGGCUCGCUUGAAUGUCACCGCCAACAAAGACGAAAAAACCGUCAACGAAAAAGCCGUCGUCGAAAGAACCUCAAAGUAAUCGUACAAACGUUCUUCAUUUUCUCCAGAGAUUCAUUUUUUAGCUCUUCAAACGAUUAAUUCAUAUCGUUCGUUUUUUUUUUCAAAACAAAAAAGUAGCGUUAAAUUUCAUAUUUUCAUUCCUAUUCGUUAAAUCAAAUAUCAUGUAAAACAUUCUAUUAAGCAAACUCGUUGAACUAUGUUCUCGCCAAAGUAUACGAUUUGACAUCGUGAAAAAAAAGUGAAAUUAAAAAUUUUAUCUUCAAUAUUAAGCAAAAAAAAA